AUUAGGCUGAAGAGUGAAGAGAGGGGCGUUAGAGGGACGCGCGCUCAUGGAAGGUGGGGGACGACCACCCCACUUUGGAACGUUGACCUUUACUUCAGGAAACCCUAGGAGAGAGAAAUUCCCCUUCCAGGAUGAAAUGAAGUGUCGUUUCCUUGCAUUUGUUCUGCAGCCAGAGACACCAUUGAUAUCCACUGUCUCUUCUCAACAAUUCCAGAGCAAAAUCAUUCUAAUUCAAUUAACUUUGAUUGGGUUCUUGUUUUGUCUCUGGAUCACUAUACACCAAUUGCUGAUUUGGAGCUUUGAGAACAGCAGCCAGGUUAAAAAGACUGGAUUUUUUUGUUGUCUUUCCGUUGUUUUUUUCUGUAGUUAAUUUCUGGCAUUAGGAUUUGGGGUCUGGGUUUUUUCAUUAUUCUUUAGUUAUUGCUUUUUUCUGAAGUGUGUUUUGAUUGAAACUUUGUGUAUGAAAAUUAUUUAAGCUUCCAUUUCUGGGUUGGUUUAUUAUUGUUAUUAUUGUUAUUUUGUGUGUGUUAAAUUGUUGGAGUUAUUUUUUUUUUUUUCACAGUUUUAAAUACUUUUGAAUUGGGUUUUAUCAGCUGCAAGUUUAUUAAGGUUUUGCUUAAUUAUCAAGGAACUAUUUGAAUGUUCCUUAUUUUAUGAGUUGCUGAAAGAGGUUUUUGGAUAAGAUAAAAACCAGAGCUUUAAAAGCUCUGUUUUUGGGGGUCUUCUUCCUUGGCUGCGUAUUUUUGUAAUAUCAAUGGGGAAGCCAACUGGGAAGAGGAAAGAUGAGGAGGUACAAAAGCCUGGGAAUGCUGGCAGUAAGCUGAGCAAGCCCUCGGAUCGAAACUCCAAAGCUUUUGAUGAAGACACUGCAAUCUUCAUCAACAUGUCCCAAGAACUCAAAGAUGAAGGUAACAAACUUUAUCAAAAGCGUGAUCAUGAAGGCGCAAUGUUAAAGUUUGAAAAAGCCCUCAAACUCCUCCCACAGAAUCAUAUUGAAGUUGCUCAUCUGCAUACCAGCAUGGCUGCAUGUUAUAUGCAAAUGGGUCUUGGUGAAUAUCCUCGAGCAAUCAACGAAUGUAAUUUGGCGUUAGAGGUAUCACCUAGAUACAGUAAAGCACUCUUAAGAAGAUCUCAGUGUUAUGAGGCUUUGAAUAGGUUGGAUUUGGCAUUGAGAGAUGUUAAUACUGUUUUGAGUAUGGAACCAAAUAAUCUAAGUGCAUUGGAGAUUUUGGAGAGCGUGAAGAAGGUGAUGAAUGAAAAGGGUAUUGUUCUUGAUGAGAAAGAAAUUGGUAUUGCUAAUGUACCGCAGCCUCCUGCUGCCCGCAUUCGUAAAGUGGUGAAAGAGAAGUUAAAGAAGAAGAAGAAGGGUAAGAAAGUUGAGGAGAAGAGGAAGGAUAAGGUCGUUGUGGAAGAGAAUGUGAGUGCUGAUAAGGAUAAAGAAGUGGUUACAAAGACCAUUGAGCAGGAGAAAGUGGUUACAAAGCAUGUUGAGGAAGAGAAAGUGGUUAUGAAGCAUGUUAAGGAAGAAAAAGUAGUUACAAAGACAGUCAAGUUGGUGUUUGGAGAGGAUAUAAGGUGGGCACAACUGCCAUUGAAUUGCAGCAUGAGGUUGGUCAGGGGGAUAGUUAGGGAUCGGUUUCCUGGUUUGAAGGGUGUUCUUGUUAAGUAUAGAGACCAAGAGGGUGAUUUGGUUACAAUCACUACUACAGAUGAGUUGAGGAUGGCUGAAUCAUCAUGUGAUAUGCAGGGGUCACUCAGGUUAUUUAUAGCAGAAGUUAGUCCUGAUCAAGAACCAAUUUAUGAGGGAUUGAGUGAUGAGGAGCUGAGUAAGGAAGACAGAGAACCAAGCAAUGUUGUAGAGAAUGGGGAUGGUGAAAAUGAUAGAGAAGUAGAGAAAAGGUUUACUUCUGUUGAGGACUGGAUUAUCCAGUUUGCAAGGUUAUUCAAGAACCAUGUUGGGUUCGAUUCUGAUGCGUACUUGGAUCUUCAUGAGCUUGGAGUGAAGCUAUACUCAGAGGCAAUGGAGGACACUGUAACAAUUGAGGAUGCUCAAGAGCUUUUUGACAUUGCUGCAAAUAAGUUCCAAGAGAUGGCGGCUUUGGCAUUGUUUAAUUGGGGAAAUGUCCACAUGUCUAAGGCAAGGAAGCGAGUGUCCUUUCCAGAAGAUGCUUCAAGGGAUUCCAUUAUUGAACAGAUCAAGGCGGGCUAUGACUGGGCACAGAAAGAGUAUAAGAAGGCAGAGGGUAGGUAUGAAGAAGCUGUGAAAAUAAAACCUGACUUUUAUGAAGGUUAUCUUGCUCUCGGGCAACAACAGUUCGACCAAGCAAAGCUUUGUUGGUACUAUGCGGUUGGAAGCAAGAUUGAGCUAGAAACGGAGCCUUCUUCGGAGGUGCUUCAGCUUUAUAACAAGGCUGAGGACAGCAUGGAGAAGGGCAUGUUGAUGUGGGAGGAGAUAGAAGAGCGGCGUCUAAAUGGACUCGCCAAAGAAGAUAAAUAUAAAGCGCAAUUGCAGAAAUUGGGUUUGGAUGGCCUAUUUAAAGAGGUAUCUGCUGAUGAAGCUGCAGAGCAGGCUGCAAAUAUGAAGUCACAGAUAUACCUUUUAUGGGGAACCGUGCUGUAUGAACGUUCUGUUGUGGAAUAUAAGCUAGGGCUACCAAGUUGGGAGGAAUGUUUAGAAGUUUCUGUUGAGAAGUUUGAGCUUUGUGGAGCCUCUCCAACGGAUAUAGCUGUGAUGAUGAAGAACCACUGUUCCAAUGAAACUGCGUUAGAAGGUUUAGGCUUCAAAAUCGAUGAGAUAAUACAGGCGUGGAAUGAAAUGUAUGAUGCUAAGAGGUGGCAGUUUGGUGUUCCCUCUUUUCGGCUGGAGCCGUUGCUGCGUCGCCGGGUUCCAAAACUUCAUUCUAUAUUGGAGCAUGCUUGAAUUUUGUUGUUGAUAGUUGGGUAUCCUUUAGAGGCUUUCCACGAAAACAAAUUCCUCAGGUUGCCUUAGUUCAACUUUCACAGGCUGUGUGGUUGCACAGGUCUUUUCUUCUGUCAAUGGACUUUUGUGUUCAGGUUCAGCUUCUUGUUUGCUUUGGGAGCAAACGGAAAGUUUUCCGUAGUGUUUUGAAUUUGAGUGUUUGUGACUGGGUUGCAAAAAGCCAGUGAGCUCAUUUGUUUCGUUUUGUUGUAAGAUUCUUUAGUAUUUUCAGAGUUUUGGGGGCAUAGGGUAUAUGAUUGGAUUUGUUCAUUCAAAGAAUAAGCAGCAGUAACAUUAUUUUGCUACUUGCUGUGGCCUAUUGGGCCAAGUUUGUUGUCAUUUAUCAUACAGUGUCAUUUGUAAGUUGUAUUGUUGUAACAUUUGUGAUUGUUAUACAAUAGCAGAGAAUGCUAUUAUUCCUUUA